UAUAGGAGGUGCGUCGGGAGAUCGCAAGUAUAUAAGGCAGAGCUAGCGCUUCUACUCGACACUAGUUUUGCGGCGCCUGUUCUAAUACAAGUAGCAAACAUGAAAGUCUUGAUCUUUGCCCUGUUUUUGGCUUGCGCCACUGCCCAGUAUGUGCCAGUUGGCUAUUACGGGUACCCCAUUCCAACGGCGACGCAAUUUCACGCUCAGGAUGCUUUAGGUCAAGCUUCUUAUGGUUACGCUUACCCCGGACAGGCUGCUACCAACUACCGCGAUGCUUUUGGUAAUCAAGUUGGCUCAUAUGCCUACAUCAACCCGGAAGGUAAGGAAGUUCGCGUCAGCUACGUCGCUGAUUCUCGUGGUUUCCGCGUUCUGUCCAACGAACUGCCCGUCGGGCCGGUUUUCGAAGGCAAAGCUCCCGUUUUCGAAGGCAAGGCACCCGUUUUCGACGGUAAGGCUCCGGAACCCGUACAGGACACCCCUGAAGUCGUCGCCGCAAAGGCCGAGUUCGCAAAACUGUUCAAAGAGGCUGAGACCGCUGCCGCAGCCGCUGCAGCCGCCCCAGAAGUCGUUGAAGUUGUUGCCUCGGACACUGAAGAAGUGAAAGCAGUCGAAGUUCCAGUCGUCGAUGCCCCAGCCGUUGUUGACGCCCCAGCCCUGGCUGAUGAAGUGAAAGCAGUCGAAGCCCCAGUUGUCGUCGAAGCUAAAGUAACCGAUGUCACGGCCGCUGAAGUUGAGUGGAAGGCUCCUGAACCCGUUCAAGACACUCCCGAAGUUGUUGUAGCCAAGGAAGAAUUUAGCAAAUUGUACAAAGAAGCUGCUGCCGCCGCCGAUGCAGUUGACGAGGAAGGAAACCCCACGGUCGUUGAAAGCGCUCGCAAGAAGCGCCAGAUUCCUUACUACGCACCAUAUGCUGUAUACCCUCACGCUUUGCCCUACGCCCCGACUGUCUAUCAUGCCGCUCCCGUUCCUCUGGUUGCCAAGACUACCUUGAAGACCGUCACCGCUGAGGCCGAUCCUUCCGCCAAAACCCCAGCUGCCACCACCAAAUUUGACUUGAAGGAAAAGAGCUUUGAUGUUGUCACCCCCCUCUCUUACCACCUCCCCUACGCUUACAACUUCCACUUUGCUCCUGUUGCUGCUCCAGCUGCUGCCCCCGCAGCCGUUGAAAGCUCCCGCAAGAAGCGCCAGAUUAUCGCUGUCCCCGCACCUGACCAACAGUUCAUCGAUGACCUCAAGUACAGCAGCGUCGAUCUGAACCAGGAUGGUCAACCUGACAAGGCUGUUGUUCCCGUUGUUCCUGCCUUCCACUACGUCCCUGCUGCUUUCCCAACACUCAAAUACGUCGCUCCUGCUCCACUGGUUGCUCCCGUUCCUUUGGUUGCCAAGACGACCAUUAAGGCCAUCACCGCAGAAGCUGAUCCAUCGGCCAAGACGCCAGCUGCCACAACUAAAUUCGACCUGAAGGAAAAGAGCUUCGAUGUUGUUACUCCUUUGGCUUACCCCUACGCUGCUCCUUUCGCUUACACCUACCCCUUCGCUGCCGUUGCUGCUGCUCCGGCUGCCGCCCCCGUCGCUGUCGAGAGUUCCCGCAAGAAGCGUCAGGUUUCCAUUGUUCCCACCAGCCAGUUCUUCAGAGAUUUCGCCUACAACAGCGUCGAUUUAAACAAAGAUGGCCAGCCGGAUAAGGCCGUUUACACCGCUCCCGCUUACCCAGCAUUCUAUCCUUAUCCCUAUCCGUUUGUUAACGGAUUAUGGGGUUAAGUUAAACACGCACUUGAUCUGAAUUAAUAGCAAGCUCAAAAACUUCAUUUGAUUAUCAACUUAAACAUCCGACUUUAUGCUGACCUGUUGCAAUUCUAGCAUUAGUGUACAUUUUUCGAUAUUUUUUUCGCAGCACAUAGAAUGAUGGUAAUCUGUUUUGUUGAAGUAUUAUCUUAACAUCAAGAAUGAACACCAUAUACAAUUCUGAACCACUCCAUAAA